GGCACCCCACCACCUCACAACUUGAACAAAUUUUUUCCAUUAAAAAUCUCAAAACGUUUCUAAUUCAUCUCUAUCUAAAAAUUCUUAUUAUUCCCCCAAAUCACAGAGCAAAGGUUAAAACAGUUCACACUCAAAUACAAAACCCUAACUAACCACCGAUCCACUCGAACUGAAGCCACUGGCUGAUGUGGCGGUUCCAUCCGCGGUGGUUGCCGAAGACUCCGUGGUACGAUCUCCUUGAUCUACACACUUUGCUGAUUUUGACGUGAUUUGAGCUCGCACAAGGAAAAUAGUUAGAAAUUGCACAAGCUCUUAAACCUUCUUUGGUGAACCACGAGGCUCAUUUUUCUGAAAAAAAGAAAAAUCUGAUCCAGCUUUGGAAUUAUAUCAUGAGUAAUACACUUAUACUAUCUUCAUUCCAGUGUUGGUAAGUUCAUGCCAUUUUAUUCAUAUCUGUCUUUUAUUUAUUUUGCCAACUACUAAGUUUUAUACUGAACUUAUAUAACAUUUGAAGCAUUUACACACUUCAUACACCAUGUACAAGUUUGUUUGUACCACUAACGUCAACAAGUUCCACCAUUGAAACAAGUGAAGUAUAAUGAAACUUAUUGAUCAUAUGUUGAAAAACAAACUUGUGCAUGGUACCAUGGUUUUAAAUUGUGGUCGCGUAUGCGGUUGCGGACACAACGAUUGUGGACAUUGCAGUUGUUGCAAUGCUUAUUGCAGUCGUUGCAGCGUGGACACGACCUGAUAUUGAGUGGUAAAAAUUUAAGAAAAUGAACGUAAUCACAUGUGUUGUUGUCGGAUAUUGGACAUGCCUUUGAUCAAAGGUAUUAGUGAUAUAAAGUUCACAUGUCUCUCAUUUCAUCUCUGAAAUAUCAUCUUAUCCGCGCUCUAUACUUUUUUUUUUUAUGUUAACCCUUUAGUUCUCAUGGGAAAGGAGAUCCUAGUAAUCAUGAGUUCGACCAAGAGGUAAGUAAAGUCUGACUAAAAAUUUUGCCGUUAUCUAUCGCUUUAAAAUAUCUUUAAUCCCUUUAUACCCCUAAUUUAUGAUAUGAAGGAGAUGAAAGCUAGAAAAUUAAUUUUCAUUUUUUGUGGUAGUCAGGGUUUGAACGCCAGAUCUUGCAUAUAUUAUGUAUUGUCUAUACCAACUAAGUUAAACUCGUGAGAACAGAAAAUUAAUAUUUGAUAGCACUACAUAGUGUGUUGUGGCCUGAAGUUGAUCAAUGCGGCCAUUUUAACGUUACCAUGCAAUUUUUACUGUGAUUUACAAUCACAUCAUAAUUGUGGCCUAAUGCAAUUGCAGACGUUUCUGUAACCGCAAUACUGAUGCCGCAUCACAUGAUGUUGUCUCUAAUUUGAAAACAUGCAUGGUACAAUACUAUCUUACUUGUGCACCAUAGACUAAGUCUAGUUUUACUCGUAUGUUGAAUCAUUUCUCAUCAUUUAGAUAUUGAUCUAGAUAUUUUAGAGUAGUUGUAUUAUAUAUCUACAUGAUGAAAUUUGACUAGAUUACAGUGUAAAAUCAUUUUCACAUUAGACUCUAUUUGCGUAUAAAAAAAAAUCCAUUUUAAAAUUUGAAAGUUAUAUAUGAACAACUAAACUAUACAUGCCAUCUCAAAUCAAUUCUAAAUUGUCUCUGUUAGCUUAACUCAGUUGGUAAGAACAACGCAUAAAAUAUACAAGGUGGUUCGAAACCCAGACACCACCAAAAAAAUAAAUCAAUUCUAAACUAUGAUAGGUACGAACAAACAUUAAAAAACCACACUGCUUUUCUCUUUAUUAUCCCUAAUAUCAAGUUCUACAAAACCUUUCAAAUUUUACUUAAAAAAAAAAAAAAAAAACUUUCAAAUUUUAUCUACUUUCCAAUUUUUUAUUUUAUUCUUUAAAAAAAUUUUAGAUCUCAUAUCUAUAACUAUAAGGUUUAACCCCUCAAAAAAUAAACUCUAAUGUUUAAAUACUUUUAUCCAUGUACUUAACUGAACUCUUCAUGCUUUUGUGCCUGUUUUUUUUAAGUGGUCUUCAUAAUUUUAUCUUAUUUUUGACAAAAUAAAAUUUUGUUUCAUUCUUGGUUUCAAUAUUGUGCAAGUCCUUGGAAAAUAAAUUUUUUGUUUACUCCUUAUAUUCAGCUAGUCAUUUAUGUUAGGGACUAGGUUGUGAAAAAAAUACAUUAUAGGGACCAAAAUGUAAAAUUAUUUACUUUAGGGACUAAAAUGUAAAAUUAUAUACAAUAGGGGCUAAAAUGAAGGAAAAUAUAUAUUACAGGGACUAAAAUGAAAUAAUAUAUAGUAUAACUAGGGGACCAGAAAAAUUAUAAAGACCCAAGGGAAAUAAAAUAAAAUAAAAACUUAUAGGAACCACAAAUAUAUUAAAGUCUUGUUUUAUGAAUAUUUAUCUUUCAUUUUGUUAAGCAAUACAUAUCCUUUACUCGCUUUUCAUAAUCAUAAACAUGAACAAAUUUACAAGCUACAUAGCAAUAAACGAAUAUCUCAUCUCCCCUGCUUUUUUUCCUUUAUAAAUAAAUAGCCCUAGCUCUGGGCUGGUGUUGUUGUUGUACUCAAAACCCUAAGGCAAAGUUCUGUGUAGGAGUGUGAGAUGGCAAGUGGUAGCAGACCGAAUCCUCUUGCUGUUGGGCGUGUAAUAGGGGAUGUAUUAGACCCCUUUGAAAGUACUAUUCCUCUCUUAGUCACCUAUGGUAAUAGGACUGUUACCAAUGGUGGUGAGCUUAAACCUUCCCAAGUUGCUAAUCAACCCCAAGUGAUUAUUGGCGUAAAUGACCCAACAGCCCUCUACACCCUGGUUUUGGUAGAUCCAGAUGCUCCUAGUCCCAGUUACCCCAGUUUUAGGGAGUACCUUCAUUGGAUGGUGACUGAUAUUCCAGCAACUAAUGCGGCUAGUUUUGGUAAUGAGGUUGUAAGUUAUGAAAAGCCACGACCCAAUUUAGGGAUUCAUCGUUUCGUGUUUGUAUUAUUGCAUCAACAGUGUAGACAAAGAGUCUAUGCUCCGGGAUGGCGACAAAAUUUCAAUACAAGAGAAUUCAUUGAAUUUUACAAUCUUGGAUCGCCGGUUGCUGCUGUCUUCUUCAAUUGUCAAAGGGAAACUGGUUCUGGGGGAAGAACCUUUAGAUGAGUUAGUUUUAUUACCUGAAUUAUAGUUUUAAUGCAAGUUUAGGUAGGGAACAUUAAAAAAAAAAAAAAAAAAAAAAAAGAACUAAAUGUUAUAGAUACACAUAUACAUACACAAGUAAUGAGGAUGGCUAGCAUCAAGAAGUGAUAAAAAAAAAAAAAAAGUCAAAUUUUGAAUUUGGAAGUUUUAUAUUUGAGUUUCGGCAGUAUCCUCAUGGAGAAGUAAAGUUAAAUUCGUUUGA